AUGUCAAGGGUUGACAAAUAUUCUACCGUAUCGCCUGGAAUCCAGAGGCAUGGGCGCUUUCUCCAGACCGCAAACAUCAACGAUCGCGAUCGCGCUGACUUCGCCCUUCGAGUUGACAACCGGUGGGAAGGUGGCACUCCACGCCAGCUUCACGCAGAGGGUGAGCUUCGCCCUCUGCGUGAAGGGAGGAUAGCCACAUGCCUCCACUACGAGCGGCUCGAUUCCUUGCUCAGUCGUCAAAAACUCUCUGCAGUCGGCAAAGAGUUUGGUGCCAGUGUCAUCCCCUGGGACUAA